AGGCUUGCACCUUUGGACUGUGACAACAUCACAAUAGCCGGGGGUCGAGUAGAAAUCCUCGUAAACAACACAUGGGGAACCGUCUGUGACGAAGAAUGGGAUGAGAAAGACGCUCGGGUGGUUUGCAAUAUGCUUGGACAUACAGGUGCUACCGCUGUGGCUGUUUCCGAGGGCGUUCUAGGAUUUGGCAGAGGUUUGAUCUUGUUAGAUGCGGUAGAGUGCGUGGGUAACGAGACGGAACUCGGAAAAUGUGUACAUAAGCCAUUUGGAGAUCAUAACUGUGAUCACAUUGAAGACGCUGGCGUGCUAUGUCUUUCUGGGAAACCGAACGUAAAGGUCAGACUAAGAGGAGGGUUAUAUGAGACAAAGGGACGUGUAGAAAUCCAAGCGUUUGGUAUAUGGGGUACCAUUUGUAUGAACGGGUUUGGUGUGGAAGAAGUGAAAGUGAUUUGUCGUCAACUAGGAUAUCCAGGGUCUGGCACAUUUGAAAAACAUGGUUACGGAAGUGGUCCAAUAUGGAUGGCUGACUUGGCGUGUGUUGGAAAUGAGACAACGAUUGAAGAAUGUCCGCGGAAGCCCUGGGGUGUGAACAACUGUAACCACUUUCACGAUAUCGGUGUCACCUGUUCCACGCAGGAGUCCUGA